AUGCGCCUCCCACGAUCGAUUCUCUCACGAACAACUCCAGCUCUCCUUCAAGCCGUCUUGGUCAUUAUCAGUCUCUACGCCUCGUCCUCGGCCGCUCAGUCGUCGCUAGACAAUCUGGAUAUCCCUAAGUGUGCUCUACAAUGCUUUAUAAACGCGCUCGCAAAUGACGGUUGUAAGAGCGAAACAGACUUUGAAUGCCACUGCUCGAAAGGCAACAUCUUGUCUUCUGCAGCCUCUUGUGUGGACAAAGGAUGCAAUGACAGCGACCAAGCGACGGCAUUUGCAAUCAUCAGAUCAGCAUGUAAGGAAGUGGGGGUGGACAUCGGGAACGGAGAUGGAAAUGACGGAGGGAGUAAAAGCUCGAGUACAAUGACAAUGGACAAGGGGAGUUCAACAUCGAAGACGGACGGCAAGACCUCCACCAAGACCCCAGAUUCCUCAACCUCGCUACCCUCAUCCUCAACAUCCUCCUCGCCUUCACGACCUAAUACAAACCCAAACCCAGGGCCUGGUAACACAAUCUCCUCUCCCGCGCCCUCAACCCUCAUCUCCUCCCGCCUCCCCACAAUUUCGCGACCGGCCUCUACACCACUAGCCAUGCCAACAGACACACCCCUCGCCCUCCUUCCAACGCCCCACUCGCUCUCCCCUGGAGUCAAAGCCGGUAUCUCCAUCUCCGUAACCGUCUUCGCAUCUGCGAUCCUCAUCACCAUCGCCCUAUACAUCAGACGUUUGAAACGCGACCUCAAAGCCGCCAAGGCCGCGGCUGGCGUCCCUGAAAGCGUUUGGCGCGCACAUAUAUCCACAGCCGCAGCGCCAGGACCAAUAUCGCGACGGAAAAGCUGGCGGGGGAGUCGAAGAGGGCGAUCACCUCCCCGGUCACCGCUCUCGCCGACAGGGGAGAGAGAUACUGAAGGCGGGGCCGUAUUGAAGAAGAAGCGUGGGCAUGUACUAAGCGUAGUCGUUGAGCGCGCAGAGGAAGAAGACUCGGAAAGCACGCAUAGGAUGGUGCAUGAGCCGGUACCGGGGCAGAAAGAGGGAUUAGCAGAUGCGCUAGAGUUAGAUGGGAACACUACGGAGGUGGUGGAAGCACCGACGAGUAUUACGCCAAAGGGAGGGAGGACGCCGUCUAGAGGGAGGAGCAGGGAUAGGGGGAGUAGCUUUGGGAGUAGUGUUGGGGAGGCUGGUCCUACUGAUUUUGCUGAAAAGGUGAAGUAUGGGUGA